AUGUCCGCUGCCCAAGCUCCUCCGCCGUACAAAUAUCAGGCUGUUUCGACGAGCGAUGAACAUGAAAUCCGCGGUGAAGUGGAUCCCGAUGAUUUUAAGAUCGGAGUCACUGUCGAACAGAGUGCGCCUGAAAUCCGUGCUAUGUUCGUGCGCAAGGUGUACACAGUGCUGUUUUGCCAAAUCCUUGGAUCGUGCAUUGUGGCUGGCGGUAUGAAUGCUUUUCAUGCGAUUGAAUGGAUUCAAUCGAAUGUCUGGUUCAUGAUCCUUACGAUUGUUGGAUCCUUUGUGUCCAUGGGCUUCUUAUUUUGGAAGCGCCACGAACAUCCAACCAACUUGUUCCUUCUGGGUCUUUUCACUGCGGUCGAGUCCAUCAUGCUUGGAAUAGUCAUGUCUGCUUUAAAUGAAAGCGUGAUCCUAAAGGCGUUUAUUUUGACGACGUUCAUAUUCCUAGGCCUUACUUUGUUCACGUUGCAAAGCUCAUAUGAUUUUUCCUCGUUGACGACUUGGUUGUACUGGGGUCUUCUCCUUUUGGUUGGCACAGGGCUUGUUCAAAUGUUCUUUCCGUAUAACCAUGCAUUUGAGAUGGGCUAUUCGCUCGCCGGUUGUGCUGUGUUUAGUGGAUAUGUCAUGUAUGACACAUGGCUCCUGCAACGGCGCCUUUCACCAGACGACUGGGUCCUCGCGAACGUCUCUCUCUACCUGGAUGUUGUCAAUGUGUUCAUUUCGGUCUCCCGUCUCCUCAAUGGGUCAACACAAGAAUAA